AGCAUGUGCUAGCUCGUCGUUAGCACCGCUGCUGACGUUCUGACUUUUGACGCUCUUGUUCUCCGCUAACCCCCCCCCCCUUCAUCAUCAUCAUCCUCCUCCUCCUCUUCAUCCUCCUCAGUGUGAAUCUCCCAAACAUGGCGGCCCUCAGAGCUGUGUGCAGAGCGGAGCGUCUAUUCCUCAGAAACAUCUCAGGUCCCCGCAGAACCGAAUACAACGACCACCCGGGGAGCAAGACCUGUGGCUGUUACUUUUCCACCUCCAGCCAGAGAAAUUCAGAGUUCUACUCGGACCCUGCAGAUGCAGUAAAAGAUAUCCCCAGUGGAGCUACAAUCCUGGUGGGAGGUUUUGGAUUAUGUGGCAUCCCAGAGAAUCUUAUCAACAGUUUACUGAAGACUGGUGUGAGAGGUCUCACUGCAGUCAGCAACAAUGCAGGAGUGGAUAACUUUGGGCUGGGCCUGCUGCUCAAGACGAAGCAGAUAAAGAGGAUGAUCUCCUCAUAUGUUGGAGAGAAUGCAGAGUUUGAGCGACAGUAUCUGUCGGGGGAGUUGGAAGUGGAACUGACACCACAGGGCACCCUUGCAGAGAGGAUCAGGGCUGGUGGUGCUGGAAUUCCAGCUUUCUUCACCGCCACAGGCUACGGCACACUGAUCCAAGAGGGAGGCUCUCCCAUCAAGUACAACAAAGAUGGCAGCAUUGCCAUCGCCAGUGAGAAAAGAGAGGUCCAGGAGUUCAACAACAGGCACUACAUCAUGGAAAAGGCCAUCACCGGAGACUUUGCAUUGAUCAAGGCAUGGAAGGCCGACAGGGCUGGAAACAUUGUUUUCAGAAAAACAGCCAGAAACUUCAACCAGCCCAUGUGCAAGGCAGCCAAAACCACAAUAGUAGAGGUGGAGGAGGUGGUCGAUGUUGGGACCUUUGCUGAAGAGGACAUCCACAUACCCAGCAUCUAUGUGCACAGAGUUGUCCAGGGAGCCAGCUACGAGAAGAGGAUCGAGAAACGCACAGUAAAGAAAAGUCAGGAACAGAAGCCAAAACCGAAGAAGGACUCGGAUAUUGUUCGGGAGAGGAUCAUUCGCCGAGCUGCUCUGGAGUUUGAAGAUGGGAUGUAUGCUAACCUUGGUAUUGGUAUCCCCAUGUUGGCCAGCAACUUUAUAAAACCAGACAUCACUGUGCACCUUCAAAGUGAAAAUGGGAUUUUGGGACUGGGGCCGUACCCCACUGAGGAUGCAGUGGAUCCAGAUCUGAUCAAUGCUGGAAAGGAGACUGUCACGGUGCUUCCUGGGGCUGCCUAUUUCUCCAGUGAUGAGUCAUUUGCCAUGAUCCGAGGGGGCCACAUCAACCUGACGAUGCUGGGAGCCAUGCAGGUGUCAAAACAUGGAGACCUGGCCAACUGGAUGAUCCCGGGUAAGAUGGUGAAGGGAAUGGGAGGAGCCAUGGAUUUGGUGGCUAGCGCCGGAACCAAGGUGGUGGUCACCAUGGAGCACUCAGCUAAGGGAGGAAAACACAAGAUAUUGGACACGUGUAGCCUUCCAUUGACAGGGAAACAGUGUGUGGAUCGUAUCAUCACAGAGAAGGCUGUGUUUGAUGUGGAUAAGACAAAAGGCCUGAUUCUAAUAGAAGUAUGGGAGGGGCUCACUCCAGAGGAUAUCAAGGCAUGCACUGGCACCGAUUUUGAGGUGUCCCCCAGUCUGAGUGCCAUGCAGCAAAUCUAGAGGAGGAUCUGAGAUGUAUUUUUGAUUUGUGUAAUUUAAUUUUUCUGGCUAAACGGUUAAAGAUUUGCAUGUGAUGGGUCAAAUAAGCUCAUAAACCGAAACUUUAUAGGAACCAAAAUGAAUGAUUCUUUUUUGCAAUCAGGUGUAAAAUAAUUGAUUAGGGAUCAUUACAUGGUUGCCUAUUACACCAUCGAGUUAUUAAGUUAUUCUUAUGUUUUACCGAUGAACAAAAUCAUGCAAUAAAUAAAAACUAAGAUGGAUCAUAUUUGCUGUAGGAUUAAGACAUUGCUAUAAAAAGACACAGAGCUGAAAUGUAAUGUAUAGAAAAAAGCAGUAAUUCAAGAGUUUUCUCAUCUAGAAGAAGGGAGUGUGUAGUUGUACCAUGUGAAAAAAAAAUUAUGCAGCUAAUGUAAGAUAUCUAUUCAUUUGAGAAAUGCAGUAUAUGAAGGAAUGAUAAUCGCCUUUUCCACAGCAAUAUGAGCAAUGUCUAUCUGUCAUUUUUUCCCCCCUCACUCUCAGUUGGUCGUGGAUGUUGAGUUGCUCGGCACGUCAACCAGAAAACAGAAAACCUCAAGAUUUUUCACUCAGACUUUUGCCGUCCCCCUGCCUUUGUGUAAAAUAAAUGGGAAUAUUUGCAGAGUGGAACCAGUA